GGCUCCGAUACCGCUGUGUGGCAGUGUGCGGCGGACUUGAUUUCGCUGCUCUCGGGAGGGGGGCGCGCACCAGAAUCCCGCCUAACACUGAAUGGUGGCAGUGUGGAUGCAUCACCGUCCAGCGCAGGCGUGGGGAUGGCGCGCAUCUUCCUCCCGACGCUACCCACCAGGGGGGAAGGAGGGCCGGCAUAAAAGGGGAGCGUUGCACGUUUGAUUUUUUUCCUGGCCGGAACACGCCAACUGCAUGCGCACCUCGUUCCCCGCUGCAAGCACGCCCCGUCCGUCGUCUCACCGUCCAGGCCUACUGACUCCGCUGCAAACGCCAGAACCGCAGACGUCGAAUAUCAGAAAACACGGUUAUCUGCAGGCGCCUGUCAGUCACAGUCAGCCAUGGAAGUGGUGGCCUCGAGAACGGCCGCUUCUUCUGUCCUCGUUUCUCCUCCUCCCCAGCACAGCUUCGCUUCCUAUCGCUUCUCCUCCUCUGCCCACUCCGUCCGCUCGCCAGGCAUGUCCAGAGGCUCCGCGAACCCCCAGAGCGAUUUCGCGGAUCGCCCACAUGCUGCGGAGGGCGACGCGACCUUCUACGCCACAGCGUCUGCAGGCCACACCCACGCCGCCUCGAGCUAUCUGUCCCUCGCACCAUAUCCUGGCUCUCUGAGCUCGCAUUUGCACCCUUCAAGGUCUGAGACCUGGCCACCGACGCGUAUACCCGCUUCUAGCUCCAAUACCCAGCGACCGGUGCUGCCCCCGCUCAAUACCCUCUUAGCAGUGACAGGCCGAGACGCCCGCACAAUUUCCCCGGAGACUCCGCGUCCUUCCCCGAGCUCAGUAGUCCACCUGCAUCCUCACUCGUUGACCCCAGCGCUGCCCCCGCUUUCGAAUCCUCAUGGAUCUGCGCUCGCGGGGUCUCCGGCCUCGUCGACGAUGCUGCCCCGAUUGCCGCCCAUCAUGCAGGUCGAAAAGCAGCAGGUGACGACGAGCGCGACGCAGGCGGCGAGCGCGAGCCGGCGCAGAAACGAAGCACACUUUGUCUGUCCCGUCCCUGGAUGCGGGAGCACUUUCACCCGUAGGUUCAACCUGAGAGGGCACUUGCGAUCGCACACGGCUGAGCGCCCGUUCAUGUGUGAAUGGCCAGGCUGCAAUAAGGGUUUUGCCCGGCAGCAUGAUUGCAAAAGACACCAGGCGCUACACACUGCGAAAAGCCAGACGAACGUGUGCGGCGGCUGUGGCAAGACAUUCAGUCGGUUGGAUGCGUUGAACAGACACCUGCGCUCGGAGAAUGGAGCAGAGUGCCGAGAGACGGCCGAGGCGGCGGCGGCGGCUGCGCGGUUGAGUCCGAGCGAUGAUAUGGACGACUGGGAGAACCGAAGCGCGAGUUCAGAUAGAAGCGGGCGUUGACGUCCAGGACGCCUCGUUGUUGAUUUACGAGCUAACGAUAUCCAGCCAUGUCCGGCCCCGCUGACCGUGUAUAUUAGCCACGCGCGCAUCCAGCCCGCUCGGGGCAUAUCUAUACCACGAUGCCAUGUACGCCCACGUUAUCGACUUAUCGAGGAGAGAGUGACGACGGGUGAUCGCGGUGGGAAGUGGCGGA